GAUUAUUUCACAGAGCCAGAUGCCCGGUCCGAUGCAAGCUCUGUCCCCCAAUGGAGAGAACAACAACGACAUCAUUUCGGACAGCAACGGCACCAACAUCAUUCCCUACAGAAAGAACACAGUGCGCGGAGAGCGCGCCUACAGCUGGGGGAUGGCGGUCAAUGUUUAUUCUACCUCAAUCACCCAGGAGACUAUGAGCAGGCAUGACAUCACAGCCUGGGUGAACGAUCUGCUCAGUCUAAACUACACUAAAGUGGAGCAGCUGUCAUCAGGAGCAGCGUACUGUCAGUUCAUGGACAUGCUGUUUCCCGGCUGCAUCAGUCUUAAGAAGGUGAAAUUCCAGGCCAAGCUGGAGCAUGAAUACAUCCACAACUUCAAACUCCUGCAGGCCUCCUUCAAGAGGAUGAAUGUUGAUAAGAUCAUCCCUGUGGAGAAGCUCGUCAAGGGACGGUUUCAAGACAACCUGGACUUCAUUCAGUGGUUCAAGAAGUUCUUUGACGCCAACUACGACGGGAAGGAGUACGACCCGGUGCAGGCCAGACAGGGCCAGGACGCCAUUCCCCCUCCAGAUCCCGGCGAGCAGAUCUUCAACCUGCCAAAGAAAUCCCAGCAUGCCGUCAGCUCUCCCACCGCAGGAGCUACUAGAUCAACCAGUUCAACCCCUAAAUCCUCCACCUCCACCUCCACCUCCCGACCCUCCUCUGCCAAAAAGAUCCCCGUGAUGUCAGCGACACCCGCUAAAGGAGAGAAGGAGCUGGAAGCCCAAGUAACACAACUAAACGAUCAGCUCAAUACAUUAAAGCUAGCACUAGAAGGAGUGGAGAAGGAGCGGGAUUUCUACUUUGGGAAGCUGAGAGAGGUGGAGCUGCUGUGUCAGGAGCAGGGCCAGGACAACGGGCCCUUCGUGGAGAGACUCAUGGAGUUGCUGUACUCUGCAGAUGAGCUGGAGGCAGGCGGAGAGGAGCAUGAGGCUCCGGCUCAGGAGGAGGACGUCCCUGACGACACACAGGACGAAUACUGACCAGCUGUCAAUCAAACAGACACCUGAUCAUACAUGCACUCAGUCAGAAAACUGCUUUGGGUUCAUUUCCUCAAACUCAUGACGGUUUAUUUCUCAUUCGCUUUCGUGAUCUAGGGAUGAGACAAAUUGGCCAAAUAUUCGAACGUGUCUCUCUUUUCAUUCUGAAGCCCUGAACAUGUCAUCUGACAGCAGCUUAAAUGGUGAAUCUUGUUUGUGUGAAGCCUGUGAUAACCACCGCACAUUUUUACUUUAACUGAAGUCUGUUGGCGUUACCACCUCACCGCACCGAUGAAGGAGAAUUGACAUUUUUCUCUUUAAGCUGUUAGAUGUGACGUAUCAAACCAUUACAUUUAAAAAUAUUACAAUAAGAUUAGCUCAGAGAGCUAUUAAUACAGUUUGUGAAAUAUCGCCUCCUGGUAGAUUCCUCAAGAAGACUAACCAUUGGUUACCACGGUAAAUUUAGCAUUAUAACCUAAUGCUCACUGGUAAUAUAAACCAAUGUGAUUCGUUUGGAAACAAUGCUAAAUUUUUCUCCAUGUUAGAUUAAAUAUACUCAUUUUUUUUGGGUAAAUGUGUCUCAGCUUCACAGAGGUGGAAGCCAAUCACAGUGUUUGAUAGGAAGCAUUUUAUUUGAACCGUGCAAUCCGUAUUCUGCGUCUAAACAUGUUUUACUUUAUAUGUACAGUAAAAGAAACCGGCGUCAUCUGAAUAAAACAAUGCAUAUUAAAGAUUUUUGUUAACUGUUGUUCUAAAGCACAGGUCUUCUGAACAGAAAACAGCAUCCUCGUGAUCUCCCGAUACUCGUCAAUAUUCUCCACAGGUCAACGCUUAUGUCAUUUAUUAUUGUGUACAAUGAAAAGGAAUGUAAACAAAUGUACUGUUAAUAAUUAUAAAUAGACGAUGUUUUUCUUUUUAUUUCCCUCACAGUAUCUCCCCGUAUGCAUUCCCCAGAUGUGUUGCAUGUUUGCAUUUUAUUUGUGAAUAACUUGACCUGCUUUUUACAUAUUUAAUAAAAAAAAGAAAAUGAAAACAAAAAUGAUGUUAAAAUGUUUUUUUGUAUGUUUAACUUGCUGUUUAAAAUCUUUGGAGAUAUGAUAGGCUUGCCCUCUAAUAAAACCCUUUCGCUUUCAAAAGGAAUAAA